AUGACUUGUGUAAGAAUAGUUAAUUAUACCAUCCUGCUUAAUGGGGAAUCUGUGGAACCAUUUAAUGCUGCUAAAGGCCUAAGACAAGGAGAUCCAAUAUCUCUUUUCCUAUUUGCUAUUUCCAUGGAAUACCUGAGUAGACUUCUCAAUGAACUGCAACAUGAUAACAUAUUCAUAUACCAUCCAAGAUGUGGUAAGCUACACAUCACUCAUCUGAGCUAUGCUGAUGACCCGCUCCUUUUUGCCAGAGGUGACACAUCUUUAGUACAAAGACUACAUGAGUGCUUCACAAUAUUCUCAACAACUUCUGGACUACAAGCAAACUUGGCAAAGAGUGCCAUAUACUGUGGGGGAUGGAGAGCAAGGUUAGAGAAGCAAUCUACCAGACACUGGGAUACUCUCAAGGGUACAACUAAUACAGACUGUACUGUUUGGAAUCCAAUCCUACUGGGCUCAAAUUUCCCCCUACCAGUCAAAGUGAUUAAAGUGAUCGAAGCCUAUUGUAGAAGCUACAUAUGGUCAGGUGGAAAUGAAAUUACAAAGAGAGCCCUCAUUGCCCGGGAUAAAGUUUGUCUACCCAAGACAGUUGGUGGUCUCAACUUAACAACCUACAGAUAUGGAAUGCUGUUGCUAUUGCCAAAACAUUCUGGGAUCUAUCUCACAAGCAAGACAAACUGUGGAUUAAAUGGAUUCAUGAUUUCUACAUCAAAGAACAGUGUACAAAAACCAUGCCUAUCCCAAAGAAUGCUAGCUGGAUGGUGA